AUCGGUGUGUGCUUGCGAGGAGGGUCGGGAGCGCGCACGGCGACGGCUUAGGCGCCAUGUUGGAAGGCUGCUGAGCCCGGCCGCCGGGGAAUUGCUUGUUACUUUCCUUCUCUCUCUUUCUCUCUCUCUUUCUCUUUCUGUCUCUCUUUCUCCUUCCCCCCUCUCUCUUUCUCCCCCCCUUCUCUCUCCUCCCUCCCUCCUCUCUCUCUCCCCCCGUUGGAGCAGCCGCACCUGAACUCCCUCCGCUUGCGCGGCUGCCUGUUUCCUGCCAGAGCCCCGGGAGGCAGGAGGAGGAAGAGGAGCGGCGGCGGCGGAUCAUGGAUAUCGAGAGGCUCCAGGAGGCACUGAAAGAUUUUGAAAAAAGAGGGAAGAAGGAGGUCUGCCCAGUAUUGGAUCAAUUUCUUUGUCAUGUUGCCAAGACUGGAGAGACUAUGAUUCAGUGGUCUCAAUUCAAGGGAUAUUUUAUUUUCAAAUUGGAGAAAGUGAUGGAUGACUUCAGAACUUCUGCUCCUGAGCCAAGAGGCCCUCCUAACCCUAAUGUGGAAUAUAUUCCCUUUGAGGAGAUGAAAGAACGGAUUCUGAAAAUAGUUACUGGCUUUAAUGGUAUCCCAUUUACCAUUCAGCGACUUUGUGAGCUGCUAACAGAUCCUAGGCGGAAUUACACGGGAAUAGACAAAUUUCUCAGAGGAGUAGAAAAGAACGUUAUGGUUGUCAGCUGUGUGUAUCCUUCUUCAGAGAAAAAUAAUUCCAACAGUUUAAACAGGAUGAAUGGUGUAAUGUUUCCAGGAAACUCACCGGGUUAUACAGACAGAUCUAAUAUAAAUGGUCCUGGAACACCCCGGCCUGUAACUCGACCAAAAGUUUCUUUGUCACCUCCUAUGACAACAAAUGGUUUACCAGACAGUUCCGAAAGUAAGGAGCUGGGCCUCCUGCAAACUGAAGAGAAAAUGAACAGUGAAUCGCCAGCAUCUGAGCCUGAAAGAGUUCAAAACUGUCCUGUAAAAAACAAACACCCUGGAGAAGAUCCAUCAGAAAUGGAAGGUUAUGAAGUAAAAAGACUUAAAUUUGACAAAGAGGAGGUAACUGACGAAACCUCCAACCAGACUGGUUCCCAUGAAACUUGCUCAGCAAUGGUAGAAGAGACUGAGACAACUUCUACAUCUCAGGAUAAAGAAAAAGAAGCCAUUGGAGAGAGACAACAUUGUAAAGAAGAAGUUGAAGAGGAAGAAGACUCUCUAAUGAUGUCAAGAGAAGUGUUUCCAGAAAGAAAAGUUCUAGACAAAGACAGUGCCUCCUUACUUGAGAAAGAAGAUGUUUCUGAGGAGAAUAAUCAAAUUGGAGAAUCUGACGAGACUCAAGCAAUGAAAGACUCAUCUUCUCCAACUAGUGAGAACAGUGGAUCUUUUAGUAGCAAAGCUGACAGCAGUGACAAAGAAGAAUUGGGCUCAAAUGUUAGUGAAACUCCUGAAAUUGCAUCAGAGACCCCAGUGGAAAACAGCGAUGAAGCCACAGAAGCUGCAGAUGAACCUAUGGAACAAGACUAAUAAUUUUAAUAUACUUAGAGGCAGUAUUUUCCACGAGGCUCUGGUUUUACACUGUAUAAAUAAUUUUAUGUAAUAAAAGUGGACUGUUAGUUUUCCAAGAGAAGCAGGCUGUAAAUUGAACUUCUCAGUGCGUUAAAUCCUGAAGGACUUGUACUUGUUACUGUGAAAUAUUGGCUCCUUCAGGUCCUGCUUGCCACUGAAAUUUCAGUAUGGUCAAAUCUGGUCUGUGUAUAGUUUUUUAUUAUUUAGAAUUAAAAUUUUUAAACUGGAAGGCAGUUCUAAUUCUGACAAUUUUUUGGAGAUUCUACAUUUAAUUACUUCUCUCUCCUUUAAUUCCCCUGAAUGCUGUAGCAGUUAAUUUUUGGUUUGGUUUUUAACACUUCAAUUUCUUGUUGGUUUAUAGAUUUUCAUUUGACUACAUUUUGUGCUUGAAAAAGCUACACAUUGGCAUAUAAUAAAUACUUAAUAAUAUACAAAUCUAAAGAAAAUCUAUGUUUGCACUUUAGAUGCAUUUUCUGUUCCAGACAGAAGCAACCAAGUUCUUUCAUACAAGAAAACAUUUUUACCCCCGUAUAAACCAAAUAAAAUUAGGUCCAUCUGAUAGCCUAAAAGAUGCAAAUGUUGAAAGUACCAGGUCAAAUACAUUCCAAGAGUUCUGU